UCAAUGUAAGAUUCGCAAGACUAAGAGUUCAAGUUGACCGAUUUACUAACAAAGCUAAUGCCUUUGAUGUUUUAAUGGCAUCGCAGAUGAGCGAUUGUCAAGAACAAGUGACACAGAUGCAAUAUAAUGUGGAGAUGAUCAAAGAACGCAUUGAAGAUCACUUAGCAAAUCCAGCCGAGGAUCCUGCUGCUGUAGCUGCAAUAAAAGACGAGUUUGCGGACAUGCAAUUCAACCUAUUUGGUGCGGCAAAUAAUCAAAAGUCACUAAAAAGCGUCCAGGAACAAACUGCUUUGGAUCUUACUAGAGUUCAAAAGCGACUUGAUAUGAUCGCCCGAGUGAAAACUACUCGAGAGGAAGCUAUAGAAGCCCUCCAGUAUAAAGCUCGAGUGGUUGACGUCAACGGUAUACUGUCAAAAGAGCAGCUUUGCGCUGUUGUGGGAUUUCUGCAAGGAGAAAUUAAACAUAGCAAAGAUCAUGUUGAAGCGGGGGAAACUGAUUGGCAGGCCUGCAUAGAUGAUUAUAUUAUGAAUACUAUGAAUGAAAAAUGUGACCGCGUCCAAGUUUUAACAUUGAAUCACUCUCUGCGCAACCAAUAUAGAUCAAUUAACGCCGAACUCAGUACAAUGCUUAGUAUCGUGGGCGAUUACCGAGUAAAUCCAUUCAAUAAAAAACUGGACCGCGAUGGCAAUUGUCUGUCAUGUGGAUCUCCUGCCAAUGUAAAAAUAUCUGAUAAAUUUAUGGCAAUCGCAAGACACAUGACGAAGCGCCAAGUUCCUGAUGUUAAAGAGUAUGAUGAGGAAGGUCCUCCAACACCUUGCGUUCCUGGACGACCGAUACCACACCCUGUGGAUCCAAGAGCAUUAGUUUGUGACCGGUUCUGCGGAGCGACUGUGAGCAAAACUGAAGGAAGCCUGUCAUCGUCAAUGGGCUUAGAUGUCACAGAUCUGACCCCAAAACUUAUCACUGACUUGCAAAGAAAGGUACGUUUGCCCUGCACACCAUGCACUCGCUCCGAAGAAACGUUUUUCUAAUUGUAUUUUAUGAUUAGGUACUGG